GCCUCCCCUCAGCUGGCAGCUGCAACCCAAAGAGGCUGCACCCACAUUCCCUGGCUGCUCUCCAACCCACAGGAGCUGAGAAAACAGUCCAGUGACUGCGAGGGCUGAGCAGAGGCUGCUGAAGGGGAGGAAGCAGUGAGGAGCCGCCACGCAGAGGCCCCUGUCAGCUCCCAGAUGCUGGAGCUUCUGCAGCGCACGACCCUCGUGGGCUUGAUCGUAGGCGCGGCGGCGGCCUUGCUGCUGCUGCUGCUGCUGGCCGCCUGCCUGUACUCCAGACAGGAGGAGCCCGAUGUGGAGAGGAACCGCCCCGCCGCCAGGAGGAACCGCAUCAGGUGGGCCCGGCCGUGGAUCUCCUCAGGCCGGGGCCACCUGGGACACUUGCACCAUUUCCGUCAUGCUGGCCACGUGUCUCACAUGCCCCAUGCAAACCUCCACCAUCACCAUCACCACCUCGCCCACCACCAUGCCCACCAUCACGCCACCCACCACGCCGCCCGUGCCCACCGAGGCCGCCACUGAUGCCCGUGCAGGGCAGCCACUGCCUGCCCUGCCGUCGCCAGACGAGUGGACCUGCCGACGCUCCCACGCAGCAGUGCGCCCUCUGCAAUGAACACCGGGUCCUGCUUGGGCUUCGUCUACCUACUACGCCCGGUGUGCUGCGGAGGAGAGCGGAGGAGCGCCAGGGCUGGCCCUGCACACACAGGAGGGGGACGGGGCUGAGCGCAGGCGGUGCUGGUGGUCCUUCGGGGACAGACACCACCUUGUGACCUUAACUCCCAAGGGGCACCAGAAUGGACCGCCCGUCCGGUUGGUGCAGGCGUGCUGGUGUGUGCGGAUGGGCAGGUGUGCCCUGCUCUCUCUCAAUGACCAGGCCUCUGGCUGGCAAGGUAGCUGGGAGGGGCCCUGGCAAUGCCCCUGUGUCUGAAGGAGGUCGUGAGGCUGCACAGUCAAGUCAGUGGUGCCUUAAUCCAAGAAAAUAAAAACCAUUAAGAAGC